CAUUUCCUCAGCAGAGAUGCAGUAUCAGAGAGCUUUUUCUGUUGUUUACCUUCGGAGCAGACGGUUCUCCUUCUUCUGGUUCCCUGCAGAGCAGCCAGAGCCAGCUCAGAUGCUGGAGUAGUUUCUCUGGGAAGUCAUGUUAAUGCACAACUUCUUUUUGUUCACUUUUGGACUGAUUUUAACUGGAAAGCCUUUUUGGAUAAAAGGUAUAUCCUCUGAACACACAUCCAAACUUUCUACAUUAGAAAUAAUCAUUCCUCGAAGUCUGAUAGGCAGAGAGAAACAUCCCCCAUUGUCUCAUGAGGAGCAUUCAGAUGACAAUCUUUCUUACUCAAUUAAAACCAGAAAUGGAACAUACCUCCUAAAGCUGAAGAAAAAUAAAAAACUCCUUAGUGAUGACUUUAAGCUGUACACAUAUGGGGAAAAUGGGAAACUACAGGCAACACCAUCCAAAAAUGAGACACACUGUUAUUAUCAUGGCACUGUUGAAGGACUUGCUGACUCCACACUUGCUCUGAGCACAUGUGAUGGCCUUAGGGGAAUUCUCUACAUUGGAGGCAAAUGGUAUGGAAUGGAGCCCCUCAACACAUCCAGCACAUUUGAACAUGUGCUUUACGAAUUGGAAGAUGGGCAGGGUAUCCCCUUCCACUGUGGGGUGCUGAAUGGCAGCCUGGAGCAUGAGAUGUUUGUGAAGCAGUCUGUGAAAUACACAUUUUCAUCAAACAGCACCUCCAGCAGGGACAGGCUCCUCAGGGAGAAGCGAGCUGUCCUGCCCCAGAAAAGCUAUGUGGAAUUAUUCGUGGUUGUGGAUCACAACAGGUUUUUGCUGAAGAAUUCUGAUCCUGCUGCAGUGCAAAAGGAAACAGUGGAGCUGAUUAAUUAUGUUGAUGGGAUGUAUAGAGCAUUAAACAUCCAGAUUGUUUUGGUUGGAUUAGAGGUUUGGACAGAUGCCAACCACAUAUCUGUAAUGGAUGGUUCAGCUGGAGAUGUGCUGAGUCGAUUUGUUUCUUGGAGACAGAAAGAUCUUCUGAAGCGCUCAAGAAAUGAUGUUGGUCACCUCAUAAUAGGGAGAAGCUCUUUCAGUGGAUCCAUUGGAAUGGCUUUUGUGGGCACUGUGUGCUCACAUGUCCAGGGAGGGUCAAUCAGCACUCUGAAUCAUAACAAAAUAUUACAGCAUGCCACAGUAGUUGCACAUGAGCUGGGGCACAAUCUGGGAAUGAAACAUGAUGACAAGAGGUGUCCUGCAUCCUAUAUCAUGCACAGCACAGAUAAUGGAUCCAGGAAUUUCAGCACCUGCAGCGCUGAUGAUUUUGAGGCCUUUAUCCUAAAUGGAGGAGGAAACUGCCUUAGAAAUCCUCCCCAAACAAGUAGUGUGUACAAAGAACCUGUCUGUGGUAAUAAUGUGGUCGAUAAAAAUGAAGAAUGUGACUGUGGCAAACCACAGGAAUGCUCCAACCCCUGCUGUGAUGCUGCCACCUGCAAACUCACACCUGGCUCACAAUGUGCUCAAGGACUGUGCUGCAAAAACUGCAAGUUUAAAGUGGCAGGAGCAGAGUGCAGAGCAAAGCAAGAUGCCUGUGACCUCCCUGAGUACUGCAAUGGCAGCACUGCCUACUGCCCAGAUGAUGUUUACAUCAUGAACGGGCACCCAUGCAGCAGCAGCAAGGCUUAUUGCUACUAUGGAGUGUGCCAGAGCUUUGAUUCACAGUGUGAAUCCAUCUAUGGCAAAGGGGCACGGAAAGCACCUGAUAUAUGCUUUGAAAAAGCAAAUAUUAAAGGAGAUAGGUUUGGAAACUGUGGGAUGAAAGGUGGAGUGUACAAAAAAUGCCCUGUCCAGCACAGUCUGUGUGGGAAGCUGCAGUGCACAUCUGUCAGUCUCCAAAACCUCCCAGCCUGGAGCGUUGUCAAUAACGCCUCCGGGGUUUUGUGCUGGUCCUCUGACUUUGACCUCGGAUCAGAUAUUCCUGAUCCUGCCCAAGUUCAUGAUGGGACAGCCUGUGGAGAGAACAAGGCCUGUUUAGGUUUUGAAUGUCUUGAUGCAAGAUAUCUGGGCUACAGCUGUGAUGUAAAGCAGAAGUGUAAUAAUAACGGGGUGUGUAACAACAACGGGAAUUGCCACUGCGAUCCGGGAUGGGCCCCUCCGUUCUGUAACCAGUCUGGCUACGGUGGCAGUUCUGACAGUGGCCCAGCUCACACAGAUACAUCACUUCGGGAUGGGCUGCUGAUUUUCUUCUUCCUGGUGCUGCCUGUAGCCAUCCUCAUUGCAGUGGCAGUAUUUAAACGUGAUGCAAUAAGGAGAAAACUUUGCAGGAAAAGCAGAGGACAGCACAGGGAUAAUAAUGGGCAGGAACCAAAGCAAGGCAACAGAGCAAGUCAUGAAACAGGAAAUACUCAGCCUGCUGCAUCAAGUCACAAUAUUUUUACCAUAUUGCAUUUUCCUGGUACAAGGUUUGUAGUGUUUAAAAUCUUCUUCUUUUCAUCUUCACGUGUUUAUGUUGCUGUAAGUGAAGUCAUUGAUGUCCUGCGUCCUGCUUAGGGGGAUUUUUCAUGCAGAAUCAUGAAAUAGAUUAAAGAUUAGAUUUAAUUAAUAGAUUAAUUCAAUUUAAAUUAAUUAGCUUAAUUAAUAGAUUAAUUAGAUUAAUUUAUAGAUUUUUUCAUGCAGCAUCAAUCAUAGAUUAAAGGAUUGAAGGAAAAAUGUUGGCAUAAACACAGGUAAAUGCUGCAAGGGAGAGGAAGGGGCAGAGGUAGGUGGGAAUGCUAUAAACUGUUUAAAAAUGGUAAAGAACCAGUUUAGAAAUGUCAGGUGCCUCAAGUCAUGAAAUACUAAACACAAUGUGCUUUCCACACUUCAGGCAAACCCAGCUUCCUGCAGCUUCCUCAAGACCUCAACGACCCCCAGUCCCAGCUAGACCAGUUGUCUGAAAUGUUUCUUGGGAACCCUCAACCAAUUCUGACAAGUAACUGGCCUGAAAAACAAAUUAAAGGAUUCCAAUGCUCUCCUUGUGCAGCCAAAAUGCCUUUGGAAAGCACAUCCCUCCUGGAAGGCCUGGGUGCCAAGGGCCACUGAGCACAGAUUUGGUGACACCCCAGUGUUUUGCUCCUUGCUGCUGGCUGUGUUUGUGCCUCCUCUACCUCACCUUUUAUAAAUCAGACCCUGAAGGGUGCACAGGACUGAAGCUGGGGGAGUGUCAGAGAACAGGACUCUCCCACGCUGCUGCCUCCCUCUCAGGCCACAGAGAAGUGAAUUCAGCUGUUCACAGACACAAUUCAAAGAUGGGAGAUCUGCACUUUACCUCCUGGGCUGUCCUCUCCUCUCCUCAGGACACUGCCAGGGCCUGUGGAGCCAGGUUUGGGGACAGUCCCUGUCUGCCAUCAGCACACCUCUCACAACCCACCAGCGUGUCAGCUUCCAUUUCAGGUAAUUUAUAACAGCAACCUCACCUGGGGACACCAGAAACUCUGCAGGUCAUGUCCCGAGUCUGAAAGAACCCAUCCAUCUCUGUUACAGAAAAUAUGGGAUAUUGGGAAAUACCUCUACAGCUCCACAGUGGUUCAGUGUUUACUGGGUGUUGCAGCUUGGCAUUUUUCCUAGAAACUGAUUCCACUACAAAAGCAACAGAUUUAAUUUUGUCAUUCUAAAUGGGACAGUCAGAAACCAGCACUGAUUUCAAAGAGGAUGUGUGGUGUGACAUAUUUUUCCAAAUAGGCCUCCAUCAAAUGUCUCUGUGUAGGAGAUGGAUGCAGGAAAUCCAGGGAAAAGUCUCCACCAGAAGGGAGCAGAAGCUGCAGGGCAGAGACCACAUCGCUGCCAAGAGCAGAGCUGUGGGUGUGGAUCCACCUCUCCUUGGGGACUACAGCACACCCUGCCUGUGCUCAUGCAAAUUUCAGAGAACAAACCAGGAAAAAGAAUGAAUAAAUUAUAGGAAUGCCUCACUAAGAAAAUAUUUCCAACACCUCAGAUGACCACAUCACUGAAAAGCUGGAAAAAAGAACUCAAAAGAGAUUGUUGGCAAAAAGUCUGUGUCUUCCAGGAAAGUGUCCUCUUCCUUAAUCCCUCAGAAUCUCAAAUUGUUGUUAUUAAAUAACCCUGUCAUUUAGACCUUGAGUAUAAUAUGACAUUGAUUUUAUUUAUUACAUCACAAUUUAGAAUAAAUCCUCAGGGGCAGCA